GUCGGAUUUUCAGUCCCUUUCCGUUUCCGUUCCCAUUUCUUCCUUUCCUUUCUUUUCACCAUCCUCUCUCUCUCUCGCCGGAAGUUGAGGAAAAGCGGUGGCGUUUCGAUCUCCGGAGCCAUGAAUAUAUUCAGAUUCGCCGGUGAUAUGACCCAUUUGAUCAGUAUCGUGGUCCUCCUCCUCAAAAUCUACGCCACCAAAUCAUGUUCAGGCAUUUCACUGAAGACUCAGGAGCUGUAUGUGAUCGUCUUUCUGGCUCGGUACUUGGAUCUGUUCACUGAUUUCAUCUCGGUUUAUAACACCGUGAUGAAGUUGGUAUUUAUUGGGAGCUCUCUAGCGAUUGUGUGGUGCAUGCGGAUGCAUCGGGCUGUGAAGCGUACCUACGACAAGGAGCUUGACACGUUCCGGCAUUAUUUCCUUGUCCUGGGUUCCUUUGUAUUGGCACUUCUUUUGCAUGAGAAGUUUACGUUUCAAGAGAUAUUCUGGGCAUUUUCAAUAUACUUGGAAGCUGUUGCAAUUCUUCCUCAGCUAGUUAUGCUGCAACGAAGCGGAAAUGUGGAUAACUUGACAGGGCAAUAUGUGUUCUUUCUUGGGGCUUAUCGCGCUUUUUACAUCCUCAACUGGAUUUACCGCUUCUUCACGGAGCCACACUUCAGUCGAUGGAUUGCUUGUUUGUCUGGGCUUGUCCAAACCGCUUUCUAUGCAGAUUUCUUCUACUACUACUUUAUCAGUUGGAAAAACAAUGCAAAGCUUCAGCUACCAGCUUAAGCUGAUCCGGAGUUUGCUUUUAGCAUUGGAAUUCCGUGACUAAACACUCAGCAUUCAAGCACUUGUGUAGCUGUCUUGUAGCUGAUGAGCAACAUGCUAGCUGACCAAUUCGUGCAGGAGAAAGCAUACAGGUUUCCGUGAUUGAAGCGGAUUAUCCCUACUCUUGGUGGGGUAUCAGGGGAAGUUAUAUUGGUGGAGAUGACUGUAUUAGGCCUGUAGAGUUAGAUUCAAUCAUCCGUUUUUGACAAACUGAUCCAUUUUGUGAGUCUCUUGAUCUUCGGAUUACUUGUAAAGAUACCACAGGAGGGCGUGAACAAAUCAUGGGUAAGUUUGAUGAAAGACCAUUCUUGGAAAUAUUUUUGGCUUGUUCAAGAUGGCAUUAAGUGAAACCAUGUUUGAUCAAAAUAAUUCUUGGAAAUAUUCUUGGAUU